UUUAGCCGCUGAAGUGCGACGAGACAGCGACGUAGGCGGCAUGUACGGUGCCGGUGAUGGAUGUGUGUGGGCGAGCCGGCGGCCACGCCAUCGGAGCGCUGCACUGUUUGGAGUAGUACUGCUGCUUGGAUGCUGGUCCCGACAGGUCGGCGCCCGGUACCAGGCGGUCACAGCCGAGGCGCAAACAGUGACGGCGCUGGAAGGCAGCCAGGUGCAACUGAGCUGCGACAUAAGCGCUCCGGGUGUCGGUGACUUUCCGGUGCGCAUCCGCUGGUUCAAGGACUCCAAUCCAAACCCCGUGUACAGCGUAGACGUGAAUCCGAGGACGGGGAGCCUGUCGCAGAUCCGCCAGAGCGCGCAGGGCAGCAGCUUGCAAGGUCGUGCGUACUUUUCGGUCAUCCAGACACCAGCCGUGCUCAGCAUCGAUCGUCUUCGGCACGCCGACAACGGGUCCUAUGUGUGCGCAGUGGACUUCAAGAAAGACUGGACACGGAAACUCACAACGCACCUUAUAGUUAUAGUACCUCCCAAGCGUCCCGUCAUAAUGGACGAAAAUGGCACGAAGAUUGACAACAUCACCAGGCCGUACCUAGAGGGCGAAGACCUCACUCUGACCUGCGAUGUCCACGACGGUCAGCCAGAGCCCGUGGUGACAUGGUGGCGCGGCUCGGAACUUCUACAGCAAGCGCUGAGCCGCACUUCGGGUGGGCAUCCACGCGCCACGCUGUUUCGCCUGCGGCUUACGCGUGCCGACUACCAGGCGCGACUGACCUGUCGCGCAACCAACAGCAACAUUACGCUGCCCGUGGCCACAACCAUCGUUGUCAAUAUGCACUUGAAGCCAAUCUCGGUUGAGAUCAAGGGACCCCGUGGACCGCUGUCGGCGGAACUGCCGGCACAGGUCAUCUGUCAGGUGAACGGCUCGCGCCCAGAGGCACUGGUUCGCUGGUUUCUGGGACCAUACCAGCUGAACGACACCGAGACGCACGUCAUCUCGCCUAACACCACGCUGGGGGUGCUGAACUUUGUGCCGGGAGACCGCGACCAUGGUGCACGGCUGCGCUGUCUCGCCUCAAAUUCGGCGAUAGAUGGAGCGCAGGGAAGCACAACAGCACAUCUGGAGGACUCCUGGAUACUCGACGUCCACUACAAACCGGUGGUGCAGCUGCGGCUAGGCAGCGGCCUCAGCCCGUCCAACAUCCACGAGGGCAUCGACAUCUACUUCGAGUGCAGUGUGCGCUCCAACCCACCGGUGAGCGAGGUCUCGUGGACUUUCGAUGGUCGCGACCUCCACACGGACGGUGCCCGAGGCAUCAUCGUCAGCAACCAGUCACUCGCGCUGCGCUCUGUCAACCGUACCAACAGUGGGUUCUACGCCUGCCACGCUGCCAACUCGGAAGGUGAAGCCGAGAGCAACCGUCUGCGGCUCAGGGUUCUACAUUCACCAGUGUGCCAGUCGGGCCACCGGCAGCACUCGCACUCAGUAGCGAAGCACGAGACGGUAGAGGUGGAAUGCGAUGUGGAGGCGGACCCGAGCAACGUGACCUUCUCGUGGACCUUCCACCAGGCGCACCGCACCGCUGCGCUGUCUCCGAACGCCAGCUUCUCGACGCCGCCGGGGGCCCCGCUGCGAUCGGUGCUGCGCUACACACCACGUUCAGACACCGACUACGGCACGCUCUACUGUCGCGCACGCAACGCCGUCGGCGACAGCCUCGAGCCUUGCAUAUUCCAGAUACACCCCGUCGGUCCUCCAGUGACGCCGUACAACUGCAGCGUAGAGGAAGUGACGUCAGAAGGCGUGCAUGUUGUGUGCCAGCGCAGCGGGGAGCGACAGCAGCAGACAUUUUUGUUAGAGCUUCAGGAUGGCCAGAGCACACCCAUCGUGACAAACUUCACGUCCGGCCAGCCGAGUUUCCGCGUUCACUCACUGAGGCCUGCGACGCGGUACCAGAUGGUGCUGUACGGUAUCAACGCCAACGGCCGCAGCGAGCCCGUCCAUUUGACUGUGUUCACGCUGCCAGUUGGCAGGGGACUGGUCAGCAAAGCAGACACAGAGUGGUCUCUAGGAUCUACCACGCUGUGGGCAGCCACGUUGAGUGCCGUGGCCGCCUUUCUCAUCGUAUUCAUCGCACUUACGCUGGGCAAGUUCAGGCGGAAGAUACUCUUCAACCGAGCUCGGAAUGUUUGGAACAGGAAUGAAAGUGCAACCAAUAGCUGUCAAAAGCAAGAGAAACAGAGGCCUUCUUUCCAUGACGACGUGAACACAGGUCAUCUGCCAGGUGGAGAAAUCUCAACCACCAGCGUCGGUGUGAUGGCUAUUGGGAUCCAGGGACCUGACCGACUACGCCAUGCUGGCGACGUCGAUUGAGACCACGCCCAGGUUGCUCAGCCUCGUCUCGAGCGCCUGACACUAUGGUGGGCACCUCCGGUGCUUGGCGUCCAACACGUUUUGUAACAGGCUGUCGGAGUCGCCCAUGGAAGAUUCCUGGACACUGGACAUACACUCGGCCAACCUGCUCAACAUGAUCACUACGAAGGAAGCUGUCUUGUCGAAAGUUGGCUCUGAUGCCACGCGCCGAAGAUUUCCCGGUCCAAACUACGGGCGUGUUCGUCAUCCCAACCUGGGCCGUCCCCGUUGUCGUGUGAAGGAAGUUCUCACAUCUCAGUGGGUUCGUUGGACCACCAUUGCGUUUCUUCAAGGCCCGCCUUCAUCGUCACCAUGGGUCGUCGACAAAUGCUCAGCCUCGUGUCGUGCCUUAAAGCCGCUUUGUCAUUCGCGUCGACAUGUUGAAGACCCGUUUGCGGCGGUGGACAGUCUUCGUGUCGCCUCUCUCUCGGUUGUGUAAGUAAAGUGAACCCGUGAGAACAGCGGACAUUCCUCCUCUUAUUUAUUUAUGAUUUGUCAUGUAUACUACAGAAACAUACAUGAGGUUUGGAAAAUGAAUAAAUGGCAU